AUGAAUAUUAAAUUAAAAUAUUUUUUAAUUAUAUUUUCAAUAUUAUAUCUAGUUAUAUGUGAUAAAAAAUGGAAACCUGGACAAAAAUAUAGAUAUGAUUGGCCAGAACCAUCAUAUACAAUGUUAGGAAGAUUUAAAAAAGCUGCUAUAACAACAGAUAAUGGACUUUGUUCAGAAAUUGGAAGAGAUAUACUUAUUAAAGGUGGAAAUGCAAUUGAUUCAAGUAUAGCAUCAUUAUUUUGUUUAGGAAUUACAAAUCCUCAAAGUAGUGGUCUUGGUGGUGGUUUUAUAAUGACUUUUUAUAAUAAAACAACAAAAACAUGUAAAGUAAUUGAUGCUAGAGAGACAGCUCCAGGUGCAUCUACAAGAGAUAUGUAUAAAGGUGAUGAAUGGCUUAGUAAAUAUGGUUAUAAAGCUAUUGCAACACCAGGAGAAAUUUAUGGAUAUUGGAUUAGUUUUACAAAAUAUGGUAGUGGAAAAAUAAGUUGGAAAGAAUUAAUAUUACCAUCAAUAGAUUUAGCUAGAAAUGGAUUUCCAGUAUCAGAGUAUCUUGGUGAUGUUCUUAAAGUUAAAGAAAAUCAUUUUAGAAAAUUACCAUCAAUGAAAAAUUGGAUAAAUAAUAGGACAAAUAAAGUUUAUGAACAUGGUGAUAUUAUUAAAAGACCAGAAUUAGCAAAUACUCUUGAAUUAAUAGCAAAUUCUAAUGAUCCUGUUCAUUUAUUUUAUAAAGGUAAAAUUGCUGAUAUUAUUGUUAAAGAAAUUCAACAAAAUGGUGGUAUUUUAACAAAAAAUGAUUUAUUAAAAUAUAAAGCUGUUGAGUAUGAUGUUCCAUUAAUUAAUGAACAUUUUAUUGAUGGUUUAGUACUUUGUGGACCACCACCACCAUCAUCAUUUACUGUUACACAACUUCUUGUAUCAAUUAUUGGAAAAUUAUAUGAAAAUAGUACAAAUAGAAAUCUUGAUUAUUUAUAUAAUAAUCCUAAAUUUUAUCAUGAUUUUAUUGAAGCAUCUAAAUUUGCCUAUGCUCAAAGAACAUUAUUAGGUGAUGUUGAUUUUGUACCAUCAUCUAAAUUUUUGGCAAGAAAUUUAACAACAAAAGAAUAUACUAAUUGGAUUGUAUCAAGAUUUAAAGAUUAUGCUCAAGAAUCUUCAUAUUAUGGUGGUAUAGCACAAAAACAAAAAGAAGAUCAUGGUACAUCACAUGUUUCAUGUAUGGAUAGUGAUGGUAAUGGUGUCUCAGCAACAUCAACAAUAAAUAGAUGGUUUGGAGCUGUUGAAGAAUCAAGUUUAGGAUUUUUAUAUAAUGAUGAAAUGGAUGAUUUUUCAACACCAGGAGAAGUUAAUGGAUUUGGUUUUGCUCCAUCAGAAACAAAUUUUAUUGAACCAGGUAAAAGACCAAUGAGUUCAAUGUCUCCAAUGGUAAUAUAUAAUAAAGUAACAGGUAAUCUUAAAAUGGUUAUUGGUGCAUCAGGUGGAUCUAAAAUUAUAUCAGCUAUGGCUAAACCAAUUGUAAGAAAUUUAAUAUUUGGUGAAUCAAUUAAACAAGCAAUUGAUGCACCAACACUUCAUAAUCAAUUUACUCCUGAUAUAACUCAAUAUGAAAAUCCUGUACCAGAAAAAUUAAGAAAAGAUUUAGAAGAGAUGUAUGGACAAAAAUUUAAACCAACACCAGGUUUUGAAGGUAUUGUUCAGGCAAUUGUUGUUGAAAAAGAUGGGUAUGUGUAUGCUAAUGGUGAUUAUCGUAGAAAAAGUAUGCAACAUCCGGAAGGUUUAUAA